AUGGCUAAACUGAGAGGCCGCAAGGUCCGCUGUGGACGAAAAUCCAUUACCGAAUCUACUACAGGGGUCAGCAGAUUGAACGCUGCUCAACGAAGGUUAGCGACUGAGGCGCAGUUGUAUGCCAUUGCGACAAUUAAGCUCAAGGACCCCCACGACAAGAGAACCUCCUUGAGGCAUCAGUAUUUGCAUAAGGAUUAUAUGACGUAUCGGGUUUCGUUGUACAUAACGCCGGACGAACGUCGGCCCUUUUCCAAGGUGACGGGUCGAAGUACUUUAUGUGCAUGGGUGCGUGGAACAACGGCCGUGACGUGGAAGAAACGCCGCGUUAGCAAGAGCUAUCACGGCACCCCCCAAACCAACGCGGCUGCGGCAGUUGCCGAUAUAGGCAAGCAUUUUGGCGUUAUUCAUGAGCCCUUGUCAACAACUACGCAAGGAAGGGGACAGGCUCAUCCUGGAUAA